AUGACUUGCGGCGAAGAUGAGGUACGACGGGCUACUGAAGUAGACCCCCAAAUGGAGCGUUCAAUUCUACGGUCUGUUGUGCCCCUAUCUUCACCGCCCCACUCCUCACUAGCGUAUGAAUUCCCUGAACCUCCUCCUGCCUUAUUGUCUCUAAGGAACGCUGCUACGCGUAUACGUGAAAAAUCCCAAGUUGGCCAUGGAGAUUCUGAAGCUCCGGGGACAACCAACAAUCCUUCGCUUAGCCACUCACAACCAUUAAUAGUCCCAAAUGCAUCUUUACCCAGGGAUGGCAUUGAGGGACUUGCCAAUAAUGCUCCCCUUACUCCAUGUUCAACAUCUUCUCACCAGGUUGUAACAGAAGCAACAGACUUCUUUAGACAACGUUCGCUUGCUCGUCUUAAUCAGGAGCCUAGCUGUACCCUUUCAUCUGUUGCGGUACUCCCUCCCCCGCUCAUCACCACUUCAGGCUUCUCUGGUUCCCGCAUCCUUUCCCGCGGCCUUACUCCUAAUCAUACGACAAUACUCGGCGUGCAAAGGAGCAAGUCCGCUAUCUGCACUCGUCCCUCGCUCACAAACACAGAAUCUCUGCUUCGAAAGCGGAAAUUUGCGGACGCUGCUGUUCUGGACUCUAACAUCACAGCGACUCGCACGCAUGUUGCAGUGACAACUCUGCCACUCCCUUCCCCGGAUCCCUCAGCGGUCAAGGAGCAAGCACUAAAAGCCCGUCUCAUCCGUCGUCGCAAGCAUGCUAACACAGCCCUGUAA